GCGAUUGGUCGGCUCGGCGGAGACGUCGUCGGGGGCGCGCCGGGGACGCCCGGAGGGCGGUGGCUCUCUGACCCGGCGGCUACGAAUAAAUGGCCGGGAGGUGCUGGCGGCGCGAUGCUGGGCUCUCCCGCGGACUCGGACCGGCCUCGGCCGUCGCUCGGAUCCUGUUUUCCUCGUCCCUUUGGCCUUGUCCCCCGCGGCUGACCGCGGACAGGAAGACAGCUCUUGGUCUCUGCCACCUUCCGCUCCCCUCUGCGGCUGCGCAGGCCUCAGACGAGGGCCAGGUUACAUUUCACUCUGUCAUCUGUGUUUUGGACAUUUUCUCAUAAUGGAGUUCCCUGAUUUGGGGAAGCAUUGUUCAGAAAAAACCUGCAAUCAGCUAGAUUUUCUUCCGUUAGAAUGUGAUGCAUGUAAACAAGAUUUCUGUAAAGAUCACUUUACCUGUGCUGCACAUAAAUGUCCCUUUGCAUUCAAGAAGGAUGUUCAGGUGCCAGUGUGCCCACUUUGUAACAGCCCCAUCCCAGUAAAAACGGGAGAGGUCCCAGACGUGGUGGUCGGUGAGCACAUGGAUGGAGCUUGUAAGCGCCACCCCGGGAAGAAGAAAGAGGAGAUUUUCACGUACCGCUGCUCAAAAGAGGGCUGCAGGCGGAAAGAGAUGCUGCGAGUGGCUUGCGCCGAGUGUCGCGGCAGCUUCUGCAUUCAGCACAGACACCCUCAGGACCACGGCUGCACCCGCGGACGCCCCGCUGCCAGCACGGCGGGGUGGAGAGUAGAGCGUUGAUGUGACUGUGUCUGUUCAAACUGGCCUCUUUCCGUCCGUGAUUUGCACUUUGUGGAUACUUUUAUGCUCUAGCACUUCCAUACGUCCCGCCGCGAGCAGCUCUGCCCUGAGCUGAGCUGGUCAGGGGCUUCUGUCACUUAAAGCACCGACAGUGCAUCUCACUGUGUCUUCCUCACGUGGCAUCUGAGCCCAGGCACGGGGGCAGGACUACACCUACCCUGUUAGGGGUCCUUGUCCAGAGGUGGCCCCCAGCCCACCGCUCCUGUUUGACUGAGAGAACAGCCUGUGACCCUCUGACUGCAAGCAUUGGGGUGACACCGAGGGCUUUGGGGCCUGUCAGGAGCGCCGUCAUCUCCUGGGACCUCAGGGAACCGGAUGAAGAGAAAUGCCAUCCCAGGCAUAGCCCCAGGGGCACCCAGCCAUGCGCUCCAGACAUCCCACUGCUUGCGGAUUAACAAAAAUCCAAGCAGUUUCUCUUCCUUGUUUGGUUUCAUAGCCUCAAAAUAUAAUGGUUGUGACCAGCUAGAGGGGUAGGAUAGGGAGGGUGGGAGCGAGGUGCAAGAGGGAGGGGAUAUGGGGAUAUAUGUAUACACAUAGCUGAUUCACUUUGUUGUGUGGCAGCAGCUAACACACCAUUGUAAAGCAGUCAUACUCCAAUAACAAUGUUUUACAUAUAUAUAUAUAUAUAUAUAUAUAUAGUGGUUGGGGGGUGUAUUCAGUUCCCAUCCCACGGGCGGGUUAUCCAGCUCUUUCUACACUCUGUCCUGUUGGUGGCGUUAGAUCUGGACCCGUGGUUGUCCAGGUGCACCAGAAUCGUGCGGGGCCUGGUAGAGCAGUGCCACCGCCCCCCACCCCACCCCAGCGGAGUUCCUGACGCUGUGGGUCUGGGGACUACGUGGACAGAGCCCUUUCUGCGGUCCAGGGCCAGUGCAGCGGCCACUGGCCGCUGGGGAGCACGUGGGGCCGGCGUCCAGCGUAGCCGCAGAGCUGUCACCUGCAUUCAGUCAUUAGGAAGCCGUGUUGAGUAUGUCAAGAACAUGAAUAUGUGAAUCUGGUUUUUCAGCUGUAAAUUUUAUAAAAUCUAAGUACAGAUCAGGUCUUUCUCAAGUGAGGUUAGUGUCCAAAUUGAGACACUGGGUUUGGAAGUCAAUGCCAAAAAAAAAGUGAAAUAUCUCAUUGUUAAAAAUAUUUACAGGUCGAAAUAGUAUUUUGGAUAUGAUGGAUUAAAUAAAACAUUAAAGUGA